GCCCCUCAAUUUCCAGCUUAGAUCAGCUGGAUGGGGGCUAAACUGUGGCAAUAGGAAGAGGAAACACAGAACACAACUCGAGGGGACGUUGUUUGGCAGCGGUGCGAUGAAGAAGUGGAUCUGAGGUGCUCGUGAAACGCUGCGACAAUGUUCCGGAUCCUGAGCGGCGCGUCUGCUAGAGCUGUGAGGUCAUCGCAGCCCAAACAGCUAAAGGACAUUACAACCAGACAUCUGCACAGCUCCUAUGAUGUGGCCAUCGUGGGAGCUGGCAUUGUGGGCUUGGCCACAGCCAGAGAGCUCAUUCUGCGACACCCGGGCCUUAGCUUCAUUCUUUUGGAGAAAGAGAAAGAGCUUGCUGUCCACCAGAGUGGGCACAACAGUGGAGUCAUUCACAGUGGGAUCUACUACACACCGGGGUCACUGAAGGCCCGUCUGUGUGUGCGAGGAGCCACUUUAGCCUACGAGUACUGUGAGAAGAAAGGACUCCCUUACAAGAGAUGUGGAAAGCUCAUUGUGGCUGUGGAGCAGGAGGAGAUCCCAAGGCUGAAGAGUCUAUAUGAGCGUGGAAUGCAAAACAAUGUGCGUGACCUCAGUAUUAUUGAUGCCAAAGGAAUCCGGGAGCGAGAGCCAUACUGCCGGGGUAUAAUGGCCUUGGAUUCACCCUACACUGGCAUCGUAGACUGGAGGACGGUGGCUCUCAGGUAUGGCACCGACUUUGAGGAGGCCGGGGGCACCGUGGUAACUGAAUAUGAGGUCAAUGACAUUUUCACUGUCAAGGAGAGUCCAGUGGGAAGCACUGAAGGAAUGAAACAUCCUAUUGGAAUUAGAGACAAAAAGGGUAAUGAGGUGCGGUGUCGUUAUGUCCUGACCUGUGGGGGCCUGUACUCAGACCGCCUUUCACAGAUAUCUGGAUGCAGUCGGGAGCCAAGGAUUGUCCCCUUCAGAGGAGACUAUUUAGUCCUGAAGCCAGAGAAAAACUACCUGGUCAAGGGAAACAUCUACCCUGUCCCUGACCCUCGUUUCCCUUUCCUUGGGGUUCACUUCACUCCACGGAUGGAUGGAAGCAUUUGGCUCGGCCCAAAUGCAGUUCUUGCUUUUAAAAGGGAGGGAUACAGUGUGUACGACUUUGAUACCCGAGACUUUGCAGAUGCGCUCUCAUUCAGGGGCCUCCAGAAGCUGGUGAUGAAGAACAUGACCUAUGGGAUUGGAGAGUUGUAUAGAGGAAUUUUCAUUGGCGAGCAGGUCAAAAUCCUGCAGAAGUACAUCCCUGAACUCUCACUGAGCGACGUGAGCAGGGGUCCUGCUGGAGUUCGGGCUCAGGCGCUUGACCGUAACGGAAACCUCGUGGAUGACUUUGUUUUCGACGGCGGGGUCGGGGACAUUGGAAGCCGGGUGCUCCACGUGCGUAACGCUCCCUCGCCAGCAGCCACGUCCUCCCUCGCAAUUGCAGAGAUGAUAGCAGACGAGGUGGAGAGUCGCUUCUCGCUGUAAAUAAACGCCUCCAUCGCUUUAGGAGUAAGAAGACUACCUCAGUGUCACUUUAAAUUACAGGUCAAACCCAAAUUUAAGGGGGAGAUCUUAAUUAUGAUUACUUAAUGAAAGCCAACAGUUAAAAAAGUAUUAUGCAUAAUUUUUUUUUAACUCCAAUAAAAUUAACAUCGGUUUGAAAGAUUCAAACAGUACAAUACUACUGUUGUAACACAUGAAUCACACCUUUACUGUACUUUUGUACUUUUUCUCCCAGCUAGUGAUUGUAUGUGACUGUACACAGUUUAUACAUUUCAGGAGUUUUGCAUUCAAAAUAACUCCCUCACUCCAAUUUGUUUCUACAAUAAGCCUUAAUCUUAUUACGAACCUUCAUAGGAAGCUGUUUUUGGAAGCUGUUAGUUCACAUGAUGUCAUUUGGUUGUGAACUACAUGAAAUGCAAUGUGCACUGUUUACAAAGAAAGUGUUAUCACAGAUUGGACAGAUAAACUCCUUUUGUCUAAAUGAUAUUGAAAUAAAAAUGUUUGGACAUUAUUAGGAAUAAAUACUCCUUUAGUGUUUU